CGUCAGACUUUCCGUAUCACAUCCGCUUAAAAAGGUACAAACUAAUCUUGUUUACAUGAAAUAAGCCUGCUCCCGAGCAGGUUUGAGCUUACGGACCUGUUGCUAUGACAGCAAGUUUAGAAUGAGCUUCGAAGAACCAAAUAAUCCAACAUCAUGCCAAAUCAUCAACAAUCAAAUCCAGCUAACUGAGUUAGCGACGUACGAAGAACGGGCCCCUGCAUUGGGUUUGUUGUUUACUGCACUGCUGUCAUAAUUCAAUAAUGAUAAUUCACUAAAUGUUGGUGUAUGUAAAGAUGGUGUAAGCCCACUUUGACAGAUGAAUGAUGACAUUUUGUGAAUUUUCUAGACUAAAAUAAAUGAUAAUUUAAGACCCUGCUAGACUUGAUUACCAAAUGUGUUGCCCCCCUCUUCAGUUUCUGGGUAACCCAGUGUGUGAGGAUGUCCCUCAGAUUGAAGAUCCAGAGUUGACUGCAAGUCUUGAAACACGUCUUCAAGAGUUGAGGGGUGCUCUUACCUCAUUUGAGUAUCCGGUGGCAACAGAACAGACGGUGUGGGCACAACGACAGGUGUUUGCUGAUGCAAGAGCAAAAACAGCUAGGCCAGUGCUCCUUGAUGCCAAACUCUCAGCUGAAAGAGCCAUCAAGCAUAUUUGCAACAAAUGCCAUGCUGGAGAGGCUUUCAUUAGGUGCCUGGAUUGUGUUCCUCUGGACAUGGAGUUUCUAUGUGGAAGCUGUGACAUAGAGGCCUACAGAAAGAAUGUGUUUCACAACAGGGAGGCAAUAUUUCAUGGCUACUUGGAGCCUAUUCCCCAUACAACGGCUGUGGUGUUGGAUGACAAUGGCCAGCCUCACUUUUGUGAGCAGGUAUGUCAAUUGCCCUUGCCCACACACAGGGCAAUAUGUGAGUGCACCCAUGAGAUUGAGGUCACCACUGGAAAGCAUAUUUCAGUGGUCACCAUGGCGGGACGAUAUGAUGUCUGUUUGCCCCGUAAGGUUUGCCCUACCUGCUUAGCAGAAUGGACUCCGGGGGUGAAAGACCUUCUGAACUACCGUUACUGGCCAAGCACCACCAGCUGCCAGACACUGUACCGUUUUGAUGUCUUUGAAGCUUUUGCACACAUGAAGGUAUCUGCUCCUUCAAUGUCUACUGGAGCACCAAUCUGUUCAGGCUGGAAGGCCAGGAAAUAUCUGUGCAGACACCUUUCAGAAAAGCUUUUUUGAAUAUUGUUUUUGCAAACACACAGAAGAGAUGAUGUGCGAAGUCAAUAGCUUUCAUUGUCCAGCAUGUCACCCAGACAUGUUGGCGGUAUGUUGCGAUGGGAAUCGCAAACAUUAUCGGUUUAGAAAAUCAAGGGG